UGCGGCAAAGCAAGAGUGAAUGUUGUCAAAAACAGGCCCUCUAAUUUGACCGGAAAGCAGAAGAAGCUGGCCAUUGAAAUGAAUAAAUUUCAUCGACGUAUCAAAAAGGGCCGCAUUGAUGUGUGGUGGUUAUAUGAUGAUGGUGGACUCACCUUGCUGGUACCACAUUUACUUCGUCUUCCCAAAAGCUAUUUAGAGGGUGCGGAGUUGAGGGUAUUCACUAUAGCAAGUUCUCAGGCAUGCGCCCAAGCAGAUGAAAAGAAAAUGGCUGCUCUACUAAGCAAAUUUCGGAUACCAUUUACGGACGUACGGGUAAUCGCUGAUAUUGCUCGUGAACCUCAUCCUUCUACGUUCGUUGACUUUCUUCUAUCAUAUAUAGCACUAGUUGCUGAAGAGCAAAGGAAUAUCUUGGCGAUUCGCGAUUUUGAAGCAAUUAUAGCGCCUCUACGAGACAAUGAGAAAGAAAAACGGAGCGGUUUGAUUGCGGACGUUGAUUUGGCAGCCCAGAAGAAACGAACAAUUCGACAGCUGCGCGCCAGAGAGCUGCUUCAGCUCCAUUCUCAUCAGUCCGAUCUGAUAGUCAUAACACUGCCGGUGCCACGGCUUGAAAUCUGCAGCUGCUUGUACAUGUCUUGGUUGGAUCUGAUGACACGUGAUUUGCCACCUGUCCUGAUGAUUCGUGGAAACCAGACUUCAGUGCUGACAUUUUAUACCUAA